GGCCGGUAUAAUCUAAGUAAAUAUAGUGGUAAUUAGAAGAACUUUCCAAUCGCUUUUACAUUUUAUUUGUAGUAUAUUAUAAAAAUUGGCUCUUAUAAUAUGAAAAAUCAAAUUGUUAAUAACUUUAACACCAGUUUGCCGUGGAAACGAAUAACACUGAACAUACCGCUCAGUUUUGAAGCAAAAUACUGCACUGAACACAACUGAACAGCUGUGCAUAGGAAAAAGCAAGCGAGUUUAUCCAAAUGAAUAUCAUGUGUUAUUUAAAUCAAUAAAAGGAAGUCCACCGUUUUUGCAAUGGAGUAAAGCGAGCUUAAAUAAUACAAAAAUACUAAUACUCGACAAAUUAACUUGUAUGUAAAGCAAAAUUUCCGACGGGUACAAAAUUUAGAUAAAGAACGUUAUUUCAAAAGUCUACUAUAAUAUGCUUUACAAAAAAGGACAGUGAAAAUUGUAUGGUGGUAUAAACAGUGGGGUUGCACUGAACACAUAAAUUCAAAGUGGUAUAAUAGAUGAAAUUAAAGAAUAGGCAAUAUAUGUAUAUGUCCAAACGAGCUAAAUACACGUAACUUUUGGCUCUCCUUUUUUUUUAAAGAAAAUUAAAUAUUUGAAAGACGUUAAUAUUAAAAAAAUAUUUCGUUCGCAAGCAAUUAGAACAAGAUUUCAUUAUGUUGCAACCCUGGGUAUAGCAUGCGACUUUAGUAUAUAUGGCCAACUAAACAUACCCAGCACAGCGGCCUUUUCAUAUGUUGAGCUGAAUUCGUGCAAGAAAGUUCGUUAGCAAAUAAUAUAUUGCUUUGCCGUGCAUAUAAAUUAAAUAGUGCUAGUGAAUUUACUAAAUAACAGCUAGUUUCAAAACAAUCAAUAGACUGCUACAAAACUUUUUAGAUAGUGGUGUUUGCAUUUUCUUACUUGUAUUAACAAGUUAUGGAAAUUGUUGAAUCAACAACAGAGGGUAGCAAAAAACAAAUGAACGAAACGUUAACAGCGGCGUCAAUGGCAGACAGCAGCGGCAAUAGUAGUUUGACUGGUAGUGCUGGUAGCAGCGCUGCUAAUAGUUCUCUGGCUGUUACUACAACAGCGGAAACUAGAACAAAGGAUAACAAUACAACAACAAAUUUAACAACUUCAACUGAAAGCAGUACUAGCAAGGAUAUUGAUAUGGAUAUAGAAGAGAUACCAUUAAAGUCCACAGCAACAACAGAUUACACCAAAACCGAUGAACAAUGCCAACAACAGUCGGGAAAGUUGUUAUCAACACAUAAGGCGGGAAUGCUUACACAUUUGGAUGUUGAUAUACCCAUUAUAUCAUUGUCUGAUGGUGAAGAUGCUCUGGGCUCACAUCAACCAACUACCCUGCAAAAAGCUAGCCGUAAACGUAGUAGUGUUGGCGCUGCUACAGCAGAAGACGACCAGUCAUUCCGCUUGAAACGGCGUAAAAUUAAAGUGGCCGGAGCGCCAAAAAUGCCCUUGACUGGUUAUGUACGUUACAUGAAUGAUCGACGCGAGAUGCUGCGAAAGGAACUGCCCUCCAAGACAGCGAUUGAGCACACCAAAAUUAUCGGUGAAGAGUGGCAAAAGAUGACGGAGGACAAAAAAGCGCCGUAUAUGAAAGCAGCUGAAAUUGAUAAGCAACGUUACCUCGCCGAAUUGCACACUUUCCUUAAAGAGCGUCCUGAUGUGCUGGCCUGCGAGCUGGCCAAAGACAAGCAAAUACGCAAAAGUCCCGGCGAGGCUGGCAAAACGGUCUUAAAGGAGAAAUCACAGUCUGUAGGCAAUAUAAAAUCGCCAAAUAAGGAAGCUAAUGCCAACACAGCCGCCGGUAAAGAUAAAUCACGCCGCAGUUCGGAAAAGGACAAUUCACCGCCAGCACUGCCACCACCAGCGACAACAUUGGAUAAUAAGCCACGACGUAAGCGCACACCGACACCACCCACAGCAGGCGAUGCACACAAUAGUCAAAGCAAAAACAGUACAUCACACACUAACAACAACAACAAUCACAAUUCCACAUCAAGUAGUAAUCACAAUAACAAUUCAACCAGUACCACAACACCAAUAAGCACUAAUACAGCCAACUCACUAGCAGCCGCAACAGCCGUGCCCGGUGAAAUACCAAUAUUCACCAAUGAAUUUCUGGAGCAUAAUAAAGUUUUCGAUAUGGAAUUACGUACGCUACGCAAGUCGAAAGCAGAUUUGGAACAGCAAAAUGCUGUACUGGAGAAACAUGUGGAGAAUAUGAAAUUCGGUGUGGAAAAAAUGACUAACGAGAAUGACGAAUUGGCGGAAAAGAAUCGUUUACUCGAAUUAUAUUUGGAUAAAUUAAAGGCAAAGUUAGCGCAUGCGCUCUCUGGUUUGGCCAUACCAACACAACCGAACGGUGCCACAAUGGAUAACAUCGAGAAAUAUAUGACUGAUCUCUAUAAGAUGGCUACAACAAAUACACACGGACCGGCGAGUCUCAAUAAAGCGAAGGAUAUUAUAAGAAAAUUAGAUUUACAGAUUAAUUUGUAACUUAGUUUAAGGUCUCAGUAAGCGGUGUUAGUUGUUGAUAUUUUUCUACUAUGUAAGAGUUAGGUUAGGUCAUUUAAUUAUCUUUAGUGUCAUGAGUAACUAGCUAUAAGACAUUAUUCUGUAGCCACGCUAAUGGAUAGAACAUUUAAUGUAUGCAUACCAAUCUCUUUGAAACAAGUUCAAUUUGAAUAUUUGGAGAAAGGAUUUCAUCUUCUAUUUCCGGUGUUGUAACCUGGACAAAUCAAGAUAGAAACAUAUAUAUUUUUUGUUUCUUCUUUCAUUUAUCACUUUUUUUGUUUGUUUUAAUUUUAUAAUAUUUUACACUAAAUAUUCUUCUUUUGCAAAGUAAGCUAUGCUGAAAUAAUAUUUAAGGCCAUAUAUCCAAUAAAAGAAAUUAGUUAUUAAAUAUUGUAGCGGAAAACCAUAAAAAUCUGUCGAUAAUACAUAUCUUUAGCUAAUUGAAGCUUCAAGUUGUUACUAAAAAAAAAAAUGCAUACAUGGUGUCGCAAAAUAUCAUUAUCAGAUUUUAGCAUAAAAUAAAAUAAUUACCACGCUACAUUCAUUGUUGCACUACAACAAACACAAAUAGUUUUGGAAAAUAAUUAAAAAUUUGCCAAUAAUACUUUUGCUGCCGAGUGUAAUGAAAAAUAAUUUUAAAAUAUGUAUGUACUGUAAUUAAAAAAAAAUAAUAUUUUUUCGUACAACCUCAAGUGCUAUGUUCCUUCCAAUCAAUUACAUACUAGUAUUUAUAGCUUCCUUGUUAGUAACAUAAUUUUAAAACUCGUAUUUUUUAAUUAUAACAUAAACAAACAGUUUGGCUGGGUUGUGACUUCAACUACAACUAAUGAAUUGUUUUUUAUUUACUUUUUUUGCUAAGUUUUAAACGCUUAAAUUGUUGCAAAGUGUUACAAGAAAGUUGUAAAUAUACAUAUGUACAUAAAUAUCA